AUGGAGGACGAGAGCAUCCAUGGCAUUCUGGUAGAAUUACCUUUGCCACAACAUUUGAAUGAGAUGGAGAUCCUGCAAGCCAUCGGCCCCUCGAAGGAUGUGGAUGGCUUGGCCUUUGCAAACCUUGGACGUUUGAUGAUCGGCGGUGGCUACAAAUCCGGCGCUGAGCCCAGCAGCCGGCCGACCGUCCCCAUGGGUGUCAUGGAGUUGCUUUUGCGAUCCAAGGUGGACUUACCUGGCAAACACGCUGUGGUGCUGGGCCGUUCCAGUACGGUGGGUGCACCGAUCGCUGCACUACUCACGGCACACGACUGUACAGUCACCACGUGCCACAGCCAAAGUGUGAAGGUCGAGGAACACAUUGCCCGCGCUGACAUUCUCGUUUCUUGCGCCGGGCGGCCGGGAUUUGUGAGGGGUGCCUGGCUCAAACCGGGGGCAGUAAUCAUUGAUGUUGGAAUGAACGUAGUGCCAGAGGGAGGCAAAGGACGCAUCGUGGGGGAUGUUUGCUUCGAGGAAGCCGUGCGCGUCGCCUCUAAGAUCACGCCAGUGCCGGGUGGGAUGGGUCACAUUUCCUUCGCCAUUCUUCUCCGGAACGUCUUGAACUUGGCACGUAGCGCGGCACAGCUCACGCGCAUUGGCAUUGGUCCCACGGGCCAUGAAAUGUUCCGCUGUGCGGACCACUUGCGCUUCCCGGAUUUGGGCUUGAAGGUUCCGCGGGUUCUGCUCCCACGGCAAGGCUUGGACUUCACCAAGUGGUGUGUCAUCGCUUGUGAUCAAUACACUUCCCAGCCUGAGUACUGGAAAGCAGUCAAGGACAUCGUGAAGGAUGCGCCGUCCACAUUGAAUCUGAUCUUUCCGGAAGUGUAUUUGGGGGAUGCCAAAGGGAACCAGCAAAUCAUCAGAGGCAUCAGGGACAAGAUGUACGAGUAUGACCGAGAUCGGAUUCUUGAACCACAGCACCCGGGCUUCGUACUGAUUGAUCGAAAAACGCCGCAUGUGUCAAGCAGGAAGGGACUCCUGGUCGCCCUUGACCUUGACAUGUACAGCUUUGAGAAGGGCUCUCAAAGUUUGAUCCGUCCAACCGAGAAGACAAUCCCUGAGCGCCUUCCGCCUCGCAUCGCAAUCAGGGAGCAGUCUCCGUUGGAGUUGCCACACAUUUUAGUGCUGAUUGAUGAUCCUUCGAAAACAGUGAUUGAGCCGUUGAUGGCUCGGGCGGACACCUUUCCAAAGCUUUAUGACUUCGAUUUGAUGAAGGGAAGUGGACAUCUUCGAGGCUGGCAUGUCGCAGAGAGUGCCGCAGUGGAAGGCGUCGUAGCAGCACUCCGGUCAUUGGCCUCACCGGAGAACUUCCGACGGAGGUAUGAGGCUGCAGAGAACCAGGGGGUGAUCCUUUUUCCCGUCGGUGAUGGGAACCACUCCUUAGCCACAGCGAAGCAAUGCUGGGAAAACCUGAAGCGAAAAGGCGCAGAUCCAGAGACUCACCCGGCACGCCAUGCCUUGGUCGAGUUGGUGAAUAUCCAUGACCCGGGAAUGACUUUUGAGCCCAUCCAUCGGCUUGUGUUCAACAUCGACGUAGACAAAGCAUUGAAGGAUUUGCAAGCAGACGUCGAGAAACGUGGCUGGGGACCGUUGCAGAUGUUGACUGGUACUUUGGCGACGCUGAGGAAUAAAGAAAAGGGUGUUCACUACGUGGAGUUUCGUAGCCAAAAGCGCAGCGGCGUGUUGGCCAUUGCCCACAGCCCCCUCGUUUUGGAGGUGGCCACCCUCACCGCCUGGCUGGACCCAUACCUAGCAGGCCAUCCAAGCAUGUCGGUGGACUAUGUGCAUGGCGAGGAAGUCAUAGCAGAGAAAACAGCUGAAGCGGCAUCAAACCUAGCUUUCCUGUUUCCCAUCAUGGACAAGAAUGACUUGGUGAAGACAGUUGUGAAGGAGGGCGUGCUUCCCCGCAAAACAUUCUCCAUGGGAGCAGCAGACGAAAAGCGUUUCUACUUUGAAUGCCAACGCAUCGUUCCAGAGUUCACCUUUUUCAAAUCCGAUUUCUUCCGGCGUGGAAGCGUCUCAGUUCCACUCAGUGAGCGAUGA